UUAUAUACAUUUAACCGUGUGCAUAUCACUCUCGCUGUCUUAUCGAUAGCCAUGGUUUAGGACUCGUGUAUCCAAUACUGAUGUUUAUAAACCUACCGUGAGAAAGAAACGCUGCUCUGUGCUCGACUGAUUUUGUCUUUUCAAAGAUGGCGCUGUAAAAGCCGAGGUUUGUUUUCCAUGGGUUCAAAGUAUGUUUAAGUGCAUUAACCGACCGGCCCAGUUCACGAGAUAUCUACAGGCAGCAGGCGGUGGUUUCACUUUCAACCAAAACUUUAGGCUUGUGUCAUCCUUGCCUCUCAGAAUGACCGACCCAGCUGUGCAGAGGGUGGUCAGCGAGAUCAUUCGCUCCCCAGAGGACAAACGGGUUUACAGGGGUCUUGAGUUUACCAAUGGCCUGAGGGCCAUUCUCAUAAGUGACCCCACUACAGACAAAUCCUCCGCUGCUUUGGAUGUCCAAAUAGGUUCAUUAUCAGACCCAGGAAACAUCUCGGGCCUGGCACACUUUUGUGAACACAUGCUCUUCCUGGGAACAAAGAAGUAUCCCAAGGAGAACGAGUACAGCCAGUUCCUCAGUGAGCAUGCGGGCAGCUCCAACGCCUUCACCAGUGGAGAGCAUACAAACUAUUACUUCGAUGUUUCCCAUGAGCACUUGGAAGGAGCACUAGAUAGGUUUUCCCAGUUCUUCCUGUGCCCACUGUUUGAUGAGAGCUGUAAGGACCGGGAGGUGAAUGCUGUGGACUCUGAACACGAGAAGAACCUGAUGAAUGACGCCUGGAGACUGUUUCAGUUGGAGAAGGCAACAGGCAAUCCGAAUCACCCCUUCAGUAAAUUUGGAACAGGUAACAAAUUGACCCUGGAGACCCGACCGUCCAAAGAUGGCAUCGAUAUCCGCCAGGAGCUCCUGAAGUUUCAUUCUACGUUCUACUCAUCCAACCUGAUGGGACUGUGUGUGUUAGGAAGAGAAUCAUUAGACGAGCUGGCCUCCAUGGUGGUGAAACUUUUUGGAGAAGUAGAGAACAAAAACGUGCCUAUCCCAGAAUUCCCCGAGCACCCCUUCCAGGAGGAGCACCUCAGACAAUUCUACAAAGUGGUACCCAUUAAAGACAUCAGGAACCUGUAUGUGACUUUCCCAAUCCCAGACCUUCAGAAGUACUACAAAUCUAACCCCGGACAUUAUCUAGGGCAUCUGAUCGGUCAUGAGGGGCCGGGAAGUUUGUUAUCAGAGCUCAAAUCUAAAGGUUGGGUGAACACUCUUGUUGGAGGGCAGAAAGAAGGAGCCAGAGGAUUCAUGUUCUUUAUCAUCAAUGUGGAUUUGACUGAGGAGGGCCUCUUGCACGUAGAGGACAUCAUCUUCCACAUGUUCCAGUACAUCCAGAAGCUGCGUACUGAGGGACCUCAGGCGUGGGUGUUUGAGGAGUGCAAGGAUUUAAACAAAGUGGCCUUCAGGUUCAAGGACAAGGAGCGACCCCGCGGCUACACCUCCAAAGUGGCCGGUUUGCUACACUACUACCCUCUAGAAGAGAUUUUAGCUGCAGAGUACCUUUUGGAGGACUUCAGGCCAGAUCUGAUUGAGAUGGUUCUGGAUAAACUGAGACCAGAACACGUCAGAGUUGCAGUGGUGUCAAAGUCAUUUGAAGGACAAACAGACAAGACAGAGGAGUGGUACGGCACACAGUACAAACAGGAGGCCAUCUCUGAAGAGACCCUCGAGAAAUGGGCGAGUGCAGACCUCAACGGCAAGUUCAAAUUACCCAUGAAAAACGAGUUCAUCCCCACCAGCUUUGAGAUCUACCCUCUUGAGAAAGACUCUCCAUCAGUCCCCACUUUAAUCAAGGACACUGCUAUGAGCAAGGUGUGGUUCAAACAGGAUGACAAGUUUUUCCUGCCCAAGGCAUGCCUGAACUUUGAGUUCUUCAGUCGCUACCUAUACACAGACCCCCAACACUGCAACAUGACCUUCCUGUUCUUCAGGUUACUGAAGGAUGAUUUAAAAGAGUAUACAUAUGCAGCCCGCCUGGCUGGGCUGGUGUAUGGCGUAGCCUCGGGGAUGAAUGCCAUCCUCCUGUCAGUUAAAGGUUACAAUGACAAACAGCACAUCCUGCUGAAGAAGAUCAUCGAGAAGAUGGCCACGUUCGAGAUCGAUGAGAAGCGCUUUGACAUCAUCAAAGAGGCGUACAUGAGGUCUUUGAAUAACUUCAGAGCCGAGCAGCCUCACCAGCACGCCAUGUACUACCUCCGUCUGCUAAUGACCGAGGUUGCUUGGACCAAAGACGAGCUCAGAGAAGCUCUGGAUGAUGUAACUCUUGCACGCCUCAAGGCCUUCAUACCUCAACUCCUGUCACGAUUACAUAUCGAAGCCCUUCUCCACGGCAACAUCCCCAAGGAGUCGGCUCUUGGCAUGAUGCAAAUGCUGGAGGACACGCUCAUUGAGCACGCUCACACAAAGCCCCUCCUCCCCAGCCAACUCAUUCGCUACAGAGAGGUGCAAGUUCCAGAUGGUGGCUGGUAUGUUUACCAGCAGAGGAACGAGGUGCACAACAACUGUGGCAUUGAGAUCUACUAUCAGACAGACAUGCAGAGCACCAAUGACAACAUGCUGCUGGAGCUAUUCUGUCAGAUCAUCUCAGAGCCCUGCUUCAACACGCUGAGAACCAAAGAACAACUGGGCUACAUCGUCUUCAGCGGGCCUCGGCGGGCUAACGGCGUGCAGGGCCUGCGCUUCAUCAUCCAGUCGGAGAAGGCACCGCACUAUUUGGAGAGCCGCGUGGAGGCUUUCCUCUGCACCAUGGAGAAGUCUGUGGAGGAGAUGAGCGACGAAGCCUUCCAGAAACACAUCCAGGCGCUGGCCAUCCGCCGCCUGGACAAACCCAAGAAGCUGUCGGCUGAGUGCGCCAAGUACUGGGGAGAGAUCAUCUCUCAGCAGUAUAACUUCGACAGAGAUAACAUUGAAGUUGCCUAUCUGAAGACUCUGACUAAAGAAAACGUCAUGCAGUUCUACCGAGAUCGUCUGACAGUCGAAGCCCCCAGGAGACACAAGGUGUCGGUGCACGUCCUCUCCAGAGAGAUGGACUCCUGUCCCAUCGUGGGAGAGUUCCCCGCCCAGAAUGACGUCAACCUUGCCCCUGCUCCCUCCCUGCCACAGCCCACGCUGGUUCAGGACAUGACCGAGUUCAAGAGGAGCCUGCCUCUCUUCCCGCUGGUCCGGCCUCACAUCAACUUCAUGGCUGCCAAACUGUGAGCGAGGCUGCUGGCUAGACACGCAGCUGACAGGGAGGGGAGGACGACCGCGGGGGACCUGCUGCUCCCUCAACUUUACCCCCACCCCCCCACCCCCCCCUUCCUCUUUCCGUCAGGAAGACUUUCAUCUGACUGAGCCUGCAUGAGCGUGUGUGUGUGUGUUUGAGAGAGUGUGUGUACACGUGUGGCAGGCUGCAGCCACUAGAAGAGAAGCUUGGAAACAGUCGUGUGUGUUUGAAUCGCAGAGUUAGCCUCUGGUCGUCUGUGUAGCUGUGAUGACCGAGUCACAGCAGAAUCACCUCAUGUUAAAGGAGACAAACACUCAUCACAGCAGCAGGUAGGGCGGCCGUAGACGACGUAGAAACACGUCUUGUUAAAUAUAGUUUUAAUUGACCUUUUUCAGAGAAGUGCUGGUUUAUUGUGACGAGCUGUAGAGGACACGCACACACACACACACACACACACACACACACACAGACACAGAGUAGCUCCAUGAAGGUCUCUAAUUUGAUGGACUCGAAUGUUUAACUUUAAAUUCUCCUGAAACAUGAAGAAGACACACACUCAACAGAUUAUUUUAUUCAACUUUAUGCAUUUCUGAAGAGUCUCUGCCUUUCUCAUUCUGGUUUUAAUCAUUUUCACAGGUUAGGUUUGACAUGUUUGUUUGCUUGUACUGGUAAAAUGUUGGGAGCCUUUGAGGAGCAGUUUGAUCAGAGAAUCACGCCUGUGAGAAUUCGGUUUUAACAUUUUAUUGCAUUUUACAGUAGAAGUGUGUAAGUCAGACAUCUCAGGGGAACUUCCAUGCUGUUUUUUACUUUACAUUUUACUAGUGAUGGAUUAUAAAUAAAAAAAAACACUUUGAUCAUCAUUUUGUUUUUCACUUCAAGUUCUUUUUUUCUGAAACUGAGGAACUUUUUGAUUUGAUUUUUUGUGCAUUUUAUCAUCUUCAUUCUUCCACUGUGUCUGAGACUUGCAGAGACUUUCUGCAGUAUGUGCCUUUUCGGAGGGGGGGUGGCAUCACUUCGUUUGUAUCCGGGGCACAAUCUGACCCCACAACCCCCUCUACAGCAUCGAUGUCAAACACAGCAGCUAGCCUUUAACUCUGAGAAAUAUUUCUUGUUCAAUACUAAAAGAGGGGUCAAGAAAUAGUUCCUCACCAGGUUUGUUUUCUGAUUAAAUAUGCACUUCUCUCGCUAAGCAAUAAUCCUGAUGACAGUGUGAGGCAGGAUGAGAUGUAGCAGAGUGGUCCAAACUGACCCCCCCCAAAAGGCUCAAAGUAGGGCUGGGCGAAAAAAACCUAAUCAUGGUCCUGAAUGCUUUUAUAUUUAAAUUCAUUAAGUUCUUAACUGUAAAGACAUCUGGGUGUGCAGGGAGAGACAGACGACAAAAGUUAGCAGCAGCUCAGCUUGCAGCCCCCCAAAGUCCCCCUCGAUGAGCAUUGAAAAAAAGAUUUAAACAUAAAACUGCUUUAUUCUAUGGCUGUGCCAGUAUAAAUCACUGGCUGUGUUUGCUUUUAAGAGGAUGAGACCUUUUGGGUAAUUAUGCUCCUCCUUUAAACGUCUUGUGAAUUAAAAAUAUGAUAACUUAGUUAAAACUGAGCUUAAAUUGUUGCUGGCAGCUCAGCUCACAGCCUCUCCUAUUCUCUCCACUCAGACACCAAAAAGACAUCAAUGUUACCUUUUAGAUCUUGGACAUUCCUUCCAAAUGGAUAAAGGGUGACAGACAUCAGAUUUGUUUAAGUUAAGAGACUGAAAGCUGAGAAAAAUAAAGUGGCAGCUCGGCUCUUGGCCCCUUGAAGCCCUUGUUAAAGAGCCACAGAGAGAUGCUGAUUUUUAUAGGUGAAAUCAGUGUUUUACGAGUUUAAAUCUUCAAGGUCAGUUUGUUUUGAACCCUGAAAACUGCUUACCUUAUAACUGAACUGAGGUUGUUAGCAGCAGCUCAGCUAGCAGCCCCUUCUGAUGAACCAUGUUUGCUCUAGUGAGUCAGAUAAAACUGAUUAAAGAGAAAGGAGAAUAUCUUCAUUCAUUUUCAGUUUGUUGUUUUUUUAACUUGUAAAAUAGAACCAUGAAUCAGUAAAAGUUAUCAGGAUACACUUCAAACAUUAACACAUUAUAAAUAAAAAUCUGUAUAAAUCCUUCUUAAAAAUAAUAAUUGUUGAAUAAUGUGUUUGUCGUAUCGCCCAGCCUUAGCUACAGGCCUAGUGUUCAGGGUGUUUGCAUGGUGAUGGCAGUGUUAUGAAAGCGAUACCUGCUCUCUCAGGUGCUAACCAGCUUUGCUGUGACAAAUCAAGCUGGUGGAGCUGCACACCGAGCUGUUCACACAGCGGGGAAUCUGAGUUAGGCUUUGUUUGUCCUCCCUGGGUCUCAAGAUGAGGUCACUGCUUACUUAUGAUGCUGCAGAGUUUUCAAGACUGAGCGAACGUAGAAGGGUAUGAAGGAUCGGGGGCCAGUUGGGAAGGAAUGAUUUGUGUAACUUUAUGACUUUAUUUGCAUAUAGGGGAAAAAUACUUCUGAGGGGGAACAUGUGAAAUGUUGAGUAUCUGCCUGAGCUGACCCUUUAAAUUGUCAAAGUUCUCGCGGUAAUGUCACUCGCUCUGGUUAGUCUCGUUAAAUGAACAGUGUCAGAGUGUCACUGCAGUCUGCAUCCUAAAAUGUGAAUUUUUGAGACUAAAGAAUGAAGUGUGGCUUCUAAUAAUAUAUUUUGGUUUAUGAGUUUUUAGGUAUGAACUGAGAAAAGAUGUCAGUCAGAAAAAUGUGUUUAAAGUCUUCUAAAACGAAGGGAUGAUUGCUAAGUUUGGAGUCAGAACUCAAAUGUUUCACAUGUGGACCUUUCCCUCCCCCUUAGACCAGCGUGUGAUCUUGAUCUAUCAAAAGCUUCUUCAAUGUUUUCCAGCAUUUUACUAUGUCCUGACCAGAUCAAAACCUUCAUAUUUAUCACUGUUCCUCUCUGUGGUUCAAACCCAAAGACAACCAGCAGCAGACGUUCACUCCCUCAGACAGUAGCUGACAGUCACUUUAUUCAGAGGAAACUAGCAACAUAUCACGUCAGGGUGGGCGGGCGGGCCGCGCACUGUUUACCCUGUGAAGUUUGUAGUGAUUGGUUUUCAUUUAGAAAAUCUGAAGGUGUUUAAUAUUUUAUUUCUGGAUGUCUUUGUGGAUCACAAACGACGGGGCGCUUUGGUUCAUGGGCCGGUUUUCAGUUGGUCUGUUGUGUGUUUCUAAUUAAUAAACAACUAAAUGAG